AUGGCUGGAAAGCAUAAUAAGCAAAUGAUCCUGCUCAGCUGUAGUCUGGCUGUGUUUCUGGGUAUUUCAGAGGCUCUGCCUCGUUACAGUCGUCCCAGGGAUCUGGGAACCGCCGCCAGCUUCUCCAGCUUCGCCUAUGCCCCACGGCCCCAGGAGCCUCUGGCUUUGACUGGCAAUUACAACCUGAUCAUGCCCGACUACUACGAUCACCAUCCAGCGGAGUCGAUGCAGUUGCAGAACUUUGCCAACUUCUAUGACGCCCAGAUGAGUCCCGGGGCCGAUCUUGGUAUGGAGGAGUCUCAGUUCCUGGCCAACACGCCGGUGUAUCGGCCGCCACAGCCCCUGACGGAGCAGGAGAAGCGGAUCCGCCAGCAGGUGCCGCAUGUGGAUGUCGUCCGCGAGAAGAAGACCCUGCUCAAGCUGAAGAAGGGCUCCACCCAACCGAAGGGACCCGAUCACCAGGAGUGGGACCAGUUCGACUACGACCUGUACAGCCUCAAUCCCGGUGACAGCAAGAAAUACAACUACGAUGUCUGA